GCUCGGGCUCUCAGACUACUUUUCCCAAAUUCCCGGCUGGGAAUUCUGGGAGUUGUAGUUCCGGCGCAUUAGGAGAAAAGAGGAUCUGGCGCUCGUCAGCAGAGGGCGCACAAUUUGUUACAUUCCUGGGUUGGAACUUGAUGGGUCCGGUCACUGAGACCUAUUCAAAGAUGGCCGCUCUUUCUUUCCGCCCUACCUUUCUCUCCCCUCCCCCCAAACCAGGAGACGUUUCCGGUUGUAGUAUUGCGUCAUUGCUCCCCGGGAAAACGGCCGUAUGGCUUCCGCAAUAUGUUGGGCUGGAUACAACUCGCGAAAUGCUCCAGCCGUCCCUGACCAGAUGGAUUAUAUAGGGAUGGAAGCUCAGCAUUCAUGAUGGGCCUUAAAAUGGGUCUCGGCAACCUCUGUUAAUGGGAUUAGUCACAAAGAGGAUGAUUUCUCAAAAUAGCAUUUUAGGAAGGGUGGGGAUUUUAGUCAGCAAAGCUGGAGGACCAGCCAGGGUCAGCAAGGCUACAUAGAAGAGUGGUUCUAAGUGAAGGGGGAGGAGGGGAAUUGGAUUUAAGCAUAAAUUUUUGGAGUACAUCAUGGGCCCUUAUGGGUCUCUGCAUGGCCUGCUGUUGGUGUGAAAUGAAGAAAUGAAAUGUUUUAUUUGAAGCAGAGUGAUAGAAAUACAGAAUCCUUGUAUUCUGCAUUUGAAAUCAUCUAAUAAAACUUUUAAAGCAAGCUAAUUUCAUAGUCUUUGUUUCCAUGUUAUUGAUGCUCAGCUACUUAUUUAAGUCUGUGGUUCUUUAAAAACUUAAAAUUCUUUUGACAAAGUAUUGAGCUUCUGUAAAGUGUGCAUAUAAGAGAUGCCAGUAUGCUUCAUUGAUCAAGAGACCAGCCCUCACCUGUAGGCAGAUCAGUCUGAAUAAAAACUUGAGGAGUAUAAUAUAAUAUACUAAAGUUCUUAUCUAUAUGGAACAUCAAGACUGAUCCCAAUAGACCAUAGAAGCAGAAUUAAGAAAAUAAUAUUCUGAAAACUUCGUUAAACUGGUCCUAGCACUCACUUUUAUAACCGCUGAGUUUUAUAGUGUAAUAUGUACAUGCAAAUAAAAACUUAGCAAAAGCAUUAGGCAAUAAAAAAGUCUUAGUUAAAACACAAAUAACUAACAAUAUAGAUAACCCAGCUGGAUAUAAGAAAAACAUAAUUUGGUAUUGGAACCGGAACUAUUUGGAUAGUUCCAGUAUCAGAAUAUAAACCCUUUGAAAUAGGCCAGAUCAAAAAACAAACACUGCAGGCAUGCCAGAAACCCUUAUUGUAGGAAAUAUCACCUUGUCCAACAGUUUCAUUGUCUCUUUUUAAAGUCAAUAGGUGGGACUAUUCUGAGUUUCUUCCAUCUUUUCUACAUUCCCAGGGCUGAACAAUUGUUUCAUCUUUCUCAUCAUUUCAAGGAGCAUCAUAGAGAAGAAGGCCUUUUAUAGUCGUUCCCUCUCUAACCUCUGCAAAGAGCCACUCAGAAAAGGUCCUUGGAAGACAAAAGUUAGGAACCUGGUGAAUAAUGUACUAAAGGUAGUCCUCAAUUUGUGAUCACAAUUCAGCCUAAAAUUUCUGAUGCUAAGCAAAACAGUUGUCAAAUGUUUCCCUGAGAAAAAAGGAAAAUAGAUUGGAGCUAUGUCUAUUUUCUGCAAAAUCUUACUGAAACCAGAGGUUGAGGAAUAUCUCAGGGCUACAUUUAAAAAUGAUGAGCAAUAUGAAAAUCUUAGUGUUCCAGUUCUACAACAUCCAGAACUUCCUGACAUGUUACUAAUUCCUGUUCUUGGACCCAGAAGGGAUCUGCAAAGAUUGCCAAAUGAAGUAAUUGUUGAUGCACAAUGUGGAAGUGCAGUGCUUCGUGGAGCACAUGUUUAUGCUCCUGGGAUUAUAUCUGCUUCAAAAUUCAUGAAAGCUGGCAGUGUGGUUUCUGUGUACUCUGAUAUUGAAGGGAAAUGCAAAAGAGGAGCCAAAGAGUUUUCCGGGAAUAAAGUUUUCAUUGGAAAUGGGAUUUCAGAACUGAGCCGCAAUGAAAUAUUUACUUCUAAUGGCCCGUUGAAAGGACUGGGAAUAAAAAUGACUGAACCAAUUUACCAUAGUCCCUCAUUUGACAAUAUGUUAUCCAGUUACAUAUUUUUACAGAAUUUGCCUUCAUCAAUUGUGAGUUAUGUUUUAAAUCCUCAGUCAGGACAGAGAGUCUUGGAUAUGUGUGCUGCUCCCGGGGGCAAAACUACCCACCUUGCAACACUAAUGCAUGAUGAGGGGGAAGUGAUAGCGCUGGACAAGAUAGCAGACAGAGUGAAAAAGAUCGAACAAAAUGCUGCAUUACUAAAUUUGAACUGUAUUAAAGCUUUUUGUUAUGAUGGUACUAAGGCACUUACUGAUAGCAAAAUAGAGAAUGGACAAGAAGGACCCCCAUUCUUACCCGAGUCAUUUGACAGGAUACUUCUUGAUGCUCCAUGCAGUGGAAUGGGACAAAGGCCAAAUUUGGCUUAUUCAUGGUCUUUAAAAGAAAUAACUUCCUAUCAGCCUUUACAGCGCAAGCUUUUUAGAGUGGCAGUGCAACUGCUAAAGCCAGGGGGCAUCCUAGUAUAUAGUACAUGCACAAUUACUCUUUCUGAGAACGAAGAACAAGUGGCUUGGGCACUAGAAACUUUUCCUUGCCUCCAACUUAAAUCACAGGAGCCCCAUGUUGGAGGAGAAGGCAUGAUGGGAGCUGGACUGUCACCUGAGCAGCUGAAACUGCUACAGAGAUUUGAUCCAUCUGAAAUUAUUUUGCAGGGAAUUGACUGUUAUUCUUUGCAAAAUGUCAACUAUGAAGAUUUGAUACGUCUAGCAAACAAAGACUGUAUAGGAUUUUUUAUUGCAAAAUUUAUAAAAGUGCAGUGAAAAUUGCUUUAGACAUCAAUGUAAAUAAAUCUAUGCUUUCUUUUUAGCCUUUGGAGUGUUCCAAACUGUGCUUUGUGCUCCAGCUAUGUUGCCAAGCCAACAGCUGAUGACAUAGUUGCCAUAGCAGCAGUAAAAUCAGACAGCUGUUUCUCCUGGGAGAAAUCCUCAGGUUGGAGAAACAAGUCUAAGGAAAUGGGCCAUUGCAAUUUGGAAAGCUUCAAAUUUCAUUUGGUUUUACAUUAACAACAGAUCACUAAUUAUGGAAACUUGUUUGCUCAGUUUGCCCAUAUGGUUUUGUUUACUAUCACAUAUAGUAGUAAUCUUACUUUCAAACUAUACUAUCCUGAGUUCAAAAUAAAGUUUGAAUGGAUUUUAAUACACUUUA